CCUCCUUUGGCGGGUGGGAACGCGGCGGCGGCGCGGCAAAGGCGGACUCCACACCGAGUGCCGAAGAUCGAUUGAGCGGCUGCGGGGAGCGGCGGGGAACACUGGCCACCUGCCCGCCCUCCGCACGGACACCGACACCUGCUAGCCGCGGCUGCAGCCACGCAGACCAGCCACGGCACGCUGCGCCAUUCUGGUCGCCACUCUCUCGCCAUCUCUCACCCUCUCACCACCACCACAUCCCACCUCAGUACACCACCCACACUCUGAGCACACCAUGUCCGCGAACCUCUCCUUCAACAACGGCGGCAAGUCGACCGUGCAGACGGGCCUGUUCAUCAACAACAAGUUCCAGCCGGCGCUCGACGGCAAGACGUUCGGCGUCGUGAACCCCGCGACGGGCGAGGAGAUCGCGCAGGUCAGCGAGGCCAGCGCCAAGGACAUCGACGUCGCCGUCAAGGCCGCGCGCAAGGCCUACGACGAGGUCUGGGGCGAGCGCACGCCCGCGGCGCAGCGCGGCAAGCUGCUCAUGAAGCUCGCCGACCUCGUCGAGAAGCACAACGACGAGCUGGCGUCGAUCGAGUCGCUCGACAACGGCAAGGCCUUUUCGAUUGCCUCGUCGUUUGACGUGCCCAGCGUCGCGGCCAACCUGCGCUACUUUGGCGGCUGGGCCGACAAGAACACGGGCCAGACGAUCGAGGUCGACUCGUCGGCCGACUUCCACUACACGCGCCACGAGCCCAUCGGCGUGUGCGGCCAGAUCAUCCCGUGGAACUUCCCGAUCCUCAUGUUCGCGUGGAAGAUUGCGCCCGCGCUCGCCACGGGCAACACCGUCGUGCUCAAGACGGCCGAGCAGACGCCGCUCUCGGCGCUCAAGAUGGCCGAGCUCAUCGUCGAGGCCGGCUUCCCGCCGGGCGUCGUGAACAUCGUGUCGGGCUUCGGCCCCGUCGCCGGUGCCGCCAUCAGCGCGCACAUGGACAUCGACAAGGUCGCGUUCACGGGCUCGACGCUCGUCGGCCGCAACGUCAUGAAGGCGGCCGCCUCGUCGAACCUCAAGAAGGUCACGCUCGAGCUCGGCGGCAAGUCGCCCGUCAUCGUCUUCGGCGACGCCGACCUUGACCAGGCCGUCGGCUGGGCCGCGUUCGGCAUCUACUUCAACCACGGCCAGUGCUGCUGCGCCGGCUCGCGCGUCUUUGUCGAGGAGAGCGCGUACGACGAGUUCAUGCAGAAGCUCUCGGCCAAGGUCAAGCAGGUGCAGGGCAUGGUCGGCGACGCCUUCGACAAGAACACCUUCCAGGGCCCGCAGGUCUCGCAGCUGCAGUUCGACCGCAUCAUGGCGCACAUCGAGAGCGGCAAGAAGGACGGCGCCACGCUCGUCUCCGGCGGCGCGCGCCACGGCGACAAGGGCUACUUCAUCGAGCCCACGAUCUUCACCGACGUCAAGCCCGACGCCAAGAUUGCGCAGGAGGAGAUCUUCGGCCCCGUCCUCGUCGUCUCCAAGUUCACCGACGAGGCCGACCUGCUCAAGAAGGCCCACGACACCAUGUACGGCCUCGCCGCCUCGGUGCACACCCUCAACAUCAAGAAGGGCAUCUCGGUGGCGCACAAGCUCAAGGCUGGCACGGGGAUCAACCAGCACAACCAGCUCACUCCUCAGGUUCCGUUCGGCGGCUACAAGGCCUCGGGUAUCGGCCGCGAGAUGGGCCAGUACGCCCUUACGAACUACACCAACGUCAAGGCCGUGCACCUCGCCCUCGACAAGCAGGCGCCCAUCUAAGCCGCCUCGCGCCAGGCCUCGCCGCCGCGUUCCCUUUCGCUCAUGUCUCGUCCACACAUGUCCCGUCCGUCACGUCUGAUGCCCCCGCAUCGCCAUCUGCGAUGCGGCCGUUCCCAAUGUCUUCUGUUCCCUUCCACACACGCCACACCUGUCGCGUCCGAUGCGCUCCCUCGCGAAUGCCACCGUGUCUGC